AUGAAUUCAAAUGGAACGGGCCUUGAACUGACAACACAAAGCUUUGUCGAUGCUGGAGAAGAUGCAGCACUUCGACAUAUGGUAAAAAUGGGAGCGAACGUCGCGUGGGGAAUCGCGAUGGCCAUUGGAAUACCCGGAAAUUUAUUUGUCCUUUUCGCCAUUCUCUAUUUCAGAGAUAUGCACACAAUAUCAAAUGUCUAUAUCUUCAAUUUGGCUGUGGCUGAUCUCCUCUUUUUGGCCGGAACACCAAUUUUGAUCGUUCAAUCAUUGCAACAAUCAUGGACAUUUGGAGCUGCUGUUUGCAAGAUUUAUAUCAUUGGAAAUGGGAUCUCCCAGUUCGCUUCCCCAGCUUUUAUCGCAGUUUUGUCGUUGGAUCGGUAUUUGGCUGUUUGUCGACCUGUUACAUCUGAAUGGCGAACGAGCAAAAUGGCAUUGAUAGCCUCGGUGCUUGCCUGGUUGACGGUGAUUCUCGAGAUGACUCCGUUGUCAUUAUUUGCUAAAGUGAUUACAGGCCCCGAUCAGCGAAGCACUUGUAUGUUGUUUUGGGGUGAUGAGUCGAUCUUCACAAAGUUGAGCUCUCCGUCUUUAGAAGACGAGAAUCAAGAAGCUUUACUUGAAACGGUGAUGGAAAUGCAGAGACAGACGUUGUUUUCGCGGCGAUUCUUCACAACAUACACAUUUGCUCUCAGUUAUUUGAUACCUUUGAUAGCAGUGUGGUACUUUUAUGCGAAUAUCAUCGCAAAGCUUUGGGCAAGGCGGCGAAAUUUGUGGUCGAGAAAGGAAAGCAUAAAAAGAACGACGACAAAAGUGUCCAUUUUGGGACUCGCGAUCGUCGUCUCGUACACUCUUUGCUUUCUUCCAUUCUGGGCCCACACUUGGUCCAUCGAAAUGAAUAUGGAAUGGACAAAAAACCAAGUGCUAAAAUUGGCCGUCUCCUAUGCAGCUUUUGCUCUUCAAUAUCUGAACUCUGCCGUGAACCCGUUUCUCUACGUUUUCCUAUCAGAUGCUUUCAGGAAAAAUGUGAUGAGCAUGGUUCGAACGGGUACACCGGCUGUCGUGUUUGCAAAAAGGCCAUCAAAGGGGUCAAAAGAAGGAGAAGGGGCACAGUUAGUACCAAGAACUUUUGUCACUGAAGCA